AUGGCGACUAAUACAAACAUACUCAUUUCGGACAAUUUAGAAACAUUUUCACUGGUAUGGCUAGAUAUUAAUGUGAAUGUGAUAAAGGAAAAUGUGACUGCUCAACAAGAGCUUCGUUCAUCCAUCAAUCAUAUUCGAACAUUCGAGACAACAGAAGAAUGUGAAAAGUAUAUUCGACAGUCUAAUCAAGAUCGUAUUACAUUUAUUGUUAGUGAUAAAUUUGGACAAGAUAUUGUACCUCGCAUUCAUGAUCAACCUCAAAUCACUUCAAUCUAUGUAUUUUGCUUCAAUUGUUCUACACAUGAACAAUGGACGUUGAAAUACAGAAAAGUCAAAAAUGUAUCAAAUCAAAUUAGUGAUCUGAUCAGUCAAAUUAAAGGAGAUCGAAGAAGACAAAAGAUAGAAGAACCUAUGCCAAUCAGCGUGGCAGAACGAUCAUCAACAGAAAUAGAUGGUGGAUUUCUUCAUUAUCAGCUAUUCCUUCAGAUUCUUACUCAAAUGGAUUCAAUUCCAUCGGAGAAAGAAGAGUUGCUUGAGUUGUGUCGACAAACGUACUAUGGCAACCCAUCCGAGUUGAGAAUUAUCGAAGAAUUUGAAAAAGAUUAUCAUAAUGACAAUGCUUUAUGGUGGUACACACGCGAAUCCUUUGUUUAUCGAACGUUAAAUAAAGCCUUUCGUACUCAUAACGACAAUUUUCUUCUACUUUCCCGAUUUUUAAUUCGUGAUAUUCGUGAUCAGUUAAGCAGAGAACAAUUAUCAUUACCAAUUCGCGUCUAUCGGGGUCAACUAAUGUAUCCAGAAGAGCUUAUUGUUCUGCAAAGUUCAGUGGGAAGUCUUAUUUCAAUGAAGUCAUUUCUUUCGACUAGUAUGAAUCGGGAGUAUACUCUUUUUUGUCUCAAUUCUGGAACAGAUUCCAGCAUGGAAUGUGUCUUAUUUGAAAUCGAAGCGGAUCCACGUCUGACAAAUGUGAAACCGUUUGCUGACAUUAGUUUCCACUCGCAAUUUCCUGAUGAAAAGGAAGUUCUAUUUAUGGCUGGCUGUAUUUUUCGACUCACUAACAUGCGCAAAGAAAAUACAAUUAACAUAAUCGAGCUAACUCUCGUCAGUGAUGAAGAUCACGAUUUAAAAGAAUUGUUCACGCAUGUUAAGAAAGAGAUAGGCACGAAAAACAAUUUCUUUACAUUAGCAAAUCUUCUUUUGCGAUCAGGCAAGUUGGAUGCUGCGGAAAAGUGUGCUCGCAGACAUUUGAAAGAACUGCCAGAGGGUCAUCGUUAUGUACCUCUGUGUUAUGAUAUCCUUGGUGGCAUUUUGAAUGAGCGUGGCGAAUAUGAUGAAGCUAUUCAAACCCUUCAGAAAGCUUUACAAAUCUACCAGCAAACUUAUCCUUCUACUAGUCCAGUUAUCGCUACUAUUUACAAUACCAUCGGAGCCGCCUACCAAGGAAAAGGUGAUCUAAAUGGAGCACUUGAUGCCUAUGAAAAAGCACUGAAUAUUGAUAAGCAAAGGUAUGGUGAGCAACAUCAACGUGUGGCAGAUUGUUUAUAUAAUAUUGGUUGCGUCUGCUACGUUGAUAAAAAGUUUGAGAAAUCUCUUCUUUGUUUUCAAAAGUCGCUGGCUAUCCGAGAAAAAACUUUGCCAAGCGAUCAUUCUGACUUGUCAGAUUCUCACAACAACAUUGGAAAAAUUUAUGACGAUUUGAA